AUGAGCUGGUCCCCCGGAGAAUGCAGGGGCCAGGGAGGGCCCCCAGGCGACAGGAGUGCCCUCUGUGCCAGGCUGGUGGAGAAGUCCAGCACUGGGCCAGCAGAAGGUCAGAAGGGCGACCCAAGCCCCAUCGUCACCUGUACAGCCUCAGGACCUGCUCUUGCCUUGUGGCAGGCAGUGCAGGUGGGAGACGUGGGCUCUGUUGCCCGCAUCCUCUCCGACGACUGCGCAGGCCUGGCCCCUGACUCCGUCUUUGAUACCAGUGACCCAGAAAGAUGGAGGGAUUUCCGCUACAACAUCCGCGCUCUGAGACUGUGGUCUCUGACUUACGAGGAGGAGCUGACCACUCCGCUGCACGUGGCAGCCACCCGGGGCCACGUGGACAUACUGCGUCUGCUGCUACAGCGGCGGGCCCGGCCCGAUAGCGCCCCUGGCGGUCGCACCGCGCUGCAUGAGGCCUGCUCAGCUGGUCGGGCCUCCUGCGCCCACGUGUUGCUUGUGGCUGGAGCCGACCCUGACCUUCCUGACCAGGAUGGAAAACGGCCCUUGCAUCUCUGCGGGGGGUUUGGCGCCCUUGAGUGUGCAGAGCUGCUCCUGAAGUUUGGGGCGAGAGUGGAUGCCCGCUCUGAGGAAGAAGAUGAGACCCCUUUGCACGUCGCUGCCCGGCAUGGCCAUGUGGAACUGGUGGAGCUACUUCUAAGGCGGGGGGCAUGCCCCAAUGCCCGGGAUGCUGUGGGCUGUACACCCCUGCUGGUUGCUUGUGAGGCCCACUGCCUGGACCCAGACAAUGCUGAGGCCACUGCUGCCCGCUGCCUCCAGCUGUGCCACCUGCUACUCUUGGCUGGUGCAGAUGCUGAUGCUGCUGACCAGGACAAGCGGCGACCCCUGCACCUGGCCUGUCGCCAUGGCCACACUGCCGUUGUGGAGCUGCUUCUGUCCUAUGGUGUCAGUACCAACACCAUGGACUAUGGUGGACACACAGCCCUGCACUAUGCCCUGCAAGGCCCAGCCAUGACCAUGGCCCAGAGCCCAGAGUGUGUGGUCCGGGCCCUGCUCAAUCAUGGAGCUGUCCGAAUCUGGCCUGGGGCCCUCCCCAAGGUGCUGGCCCGCUGGUACACAUCCCCUCGGACUGUUGAGGUGCUGAUGAACACCUACUGUGUCGUGCAGCUUCCUGAGGAGGCCAUAGGCCUGGUUCCACCGGAAACACUGCAGGAGCACUGCCGUUUCUACUCAUCGCUCUUUGCCCUGGUGAGGCAGCCGAGAUCACUGCAGCACCUGAGCCGCUGUGCACUGCGCACCCACCUGGCUGCCCAACUGCCCCACGCCCUGUCCCGCCUACCCCUGCCACCCCGCCUGCUCCGAUACUUGCAACUCGAGUUCGAGGAUGUGCUCUACUAG